CCAGCCUACAGGCUGGAAGUGACACACCCGUUUAGCCAAGGCUGAGGGGGUUGUGUCCAGCUUGUUUUGAUGUGUCCAGCUGGUAGCCACCUGUACUUCGUAAAAAAAAGCAGUUUUAUUAGGUCUGCAUUGUAUGCUGUGGCCAUAUAGGAGCACUUUCAGCAGAAUUACCUCAGAUGUUAAACUUCUAGAAACUUCCAGUUACUCCGCCGGUUUGUGAGCCGUGUUAGCGGAUUAGCAGCGCCAUGCAGGCGGGCAGAGAAGAGCCCUCAGAAGACGACAUGAGGGAGGGCGAUUUGGGGGACGGCAUGGCUGCCCGCUCCUCCUCACGGCUGAGGAGCAAAGGGGACUUUCCGGAACUGCUGACCCACACCAGGCUCUCGAAGAGGGUCAGCGAGGGGAACGAGCCUUUCUCCUGGACCACCUGCAGCGCCAUGUACGCCGCUUUGAGAGAGCAGUUCAGAGACUCAGACUGCAGUGUUGGGGACUCCAGUGAGGUGCUGCAGAGGAGACUGCAGGAGGUCACAGAGGAAGUUGAGCUGUUGCGGACAGAGUUAGAAGUGACCCAUCGGCACCUGGAGGGCAAACAUGAAGCUCUGAGGAUCCUGCAAGGCCAAGCUAUAUUGGACAAAGCAACCAGCCACACCAAGAGUUUGCUUCAGAAGAGCGAGGAACGAGCCAAAGCUUUGGAAAAGGAGGUGAACGCUCUGCAGUGGGAGAUCACCUUCAACCAGGUGCAGUUUAAGAACGUAGAACAUGCAUGGGAGCUUAAAUAUGAAAGGGUGCGUGCGGAGAACGAGGCCUUGAGGAAAGCUGUGGAUGAGAAGCUGGAGCAGCUGCAGGACCUCCGCACAGAGAACACCUCACUGAGUCAGCAGUGUCUGGAGCUGCUGGGGUUACUGAGUGCUCAGGAGAGAAGAGACUUCCAGAAGACGCAGCCCCCGAGCAAACAGGGGAGAGAGGGGUCUGCGCUGGAGCUUGCCGUGUACGGAGCGUGCCAGUGUAGCUCCAGUGUGGGGGAGCCGUGUUCCUGUGCUAAGAGCGCGGCUGCAAGCCGCAAGCAGGUUCUCCAGCUCAAACAAGAGUUGGAGCUGCAGAGGAGGAGGAAGGAGGAGGCGUAUGUGAUGAUGGACGCGUUCCGCAUCGCCUUUGAGCAGCAGCUGAGGAGAGGGAGCGAAAAGGUGCUGCAGCUGACUGAAAACGACAGGCUCACACCUCGUCAUUCGAAACCAGAGAAAGGAAAGCAUAGCUCGGCCAGCGUGGCUCAGAGGAUGAGGAGAUUUCUGCCGUCUGCCAGGGAGGGAAAAGUGCCGAGUGACCCCACAGAAAACCUCCACUUACUGCUCGAUCUGCUGAGUGACAAGGAGGAGGCCUUGGCGCAUCAGAGGAAGGUCAGCUACAUGCUAGCCCGGAGCUCAGAGGAGCUGGAGAAACGUCUUCAGACACAGCUCAGAGAGCUGGACCUCUCAAAAGCUGACCCUAAAUUGAAAGCAGAAGCUCCUGAACAGGUCAAAUGUGAUGGAGAUGAUGGCUGUAAAUGCUCAGUGGACUGUAGCGAUGACCAUACAGCUUGUUUGUCCUCUAACAAGCCAGAUUCUGCAGUAGCAGCCGUGGACCUUGCUGAAGAGCAGAGUUCAGCAGAAGGCCAGGUGACGACAGAGGCCAAGUGUGAGAGCGACAGAGUUGAAGAGGAGAGUUGAAGGGAGCAGUAUGCUUUUUUGGAGCUUACUACAGGUCCACAAAGAUGAGCAGGAAACAAGCCACAAACACAGAUGGUUUAAGCUUAGAGGUAUAGACCUGAAACACAUGUUUAAGCCUUUUUACUCCACGAGAAAAAUGAAUGGAGUUUUCAAAAUUCGCCAAUAUGUUCCAAGCCACACAAGUUUUUCUUGUGUACAUUUUUCCACAGAAUGUCACUGGAUCCUCUGAAUAACAAGGUUGUUUAGCAGUCAAAAUAUGAAUAAUGUUACUAAUAGUUUUUUUGCAAAA